AUGUUCAAAGAGAGUGGGGAAAAAACCCUAGGAAAUUAUUUUAUUAAAGCCCCUGCAACUGUUCUGGAGAAUCUGAAGUGUAAUACACUCAAUGACACUAGUUCCUUGGUGGUGGAUGAUUCUGAGGAGCUGGUCAGCAAUGUCAUCAGUAUGGAAUGUUAUGAUUAUGAAAAACCACUUUUCCCUAUUAACAUUGCAUUUACAUCAUGCUUCAGAGGAAAUUAUCAGGAGAUUAUGGUGAAGGUGACUGAUACCAACUUCCAGUCAAACUACUUAACUCCUAUUUCUGUACAAGGAUCCUAAGGAAACCAUAAGAAGGAAACAUUUACUGUUCCAAAGGUAGGACUCUUACAAAAGCUGAACGUGGAUUUUCAAAUCUCUUUCUGUUACCAUUCAGAAACAUUCAAUUCUCUGAUUCAGCCAAUUGAGCCAUCAGUUUCAGCAUUGAAAGCAAGACAUUAUAUGUAUCACUCAGUGAUAUCUAUGAGUGCACUGGUUCAUGUCCAGCAUCCUUCAUCCCAACCUUUUAACAGCUCAGUCACUGUUACUCUACCCUGUCCUCCAAACCCAGACAAAAAAAGGCAGGAGUUGAGACAGAAGAUGCAAGAGCCAUUAGUGCUACAGGCUGUGAGCACUUCUGUGAGAAAAAGUGUGGACAAUCUCAGUGAUACUUCGAAAUUAUUAGGUCAUUGAAAUGAAGAGGGGUGGAAGGUGUUUGAUGAUGUUAUUAUCCAGAAUGCACAGAAUGGGCUUGUAUCUUUUGAACUAAAUGAGCAUUUAGAAAGCUUUAUGGUCGUUUGCCUUGCAUUCCUUUUGGAAAAAAGGUAUCUUCUCCUCUUUGCUCAGGUUCUGGAAGAAGCUCUCCGUAGCAUGAGGGCUAAUGUGAUACUGUAUCAGAAAAGAGAAAACCCAUAUAAAGUAGUAGUUUUUCUGUCUGCAUCCAGAGAAUUAACCAAUGAACUUCAAAAUCUCUAUGAGGAAGGUUAUAUUGGUCCCCCAGAACUCACACAGCACUUCCCAUUAAGACAAGGAGAGCAGAUUCAUUUUAGAUUUAGAGGAAAUAUUUCUGCUUCAGAAAAUGUACGAUCUGAACGAGCUCCUGAGCAAUGUGCUCCAGGUGACCCUCCUUUGAGCAGGAGAGUUGGACAAGAUGAUCUCUUAAACCCUUGUGAAUUCUGUGAAAACUGGGUCCUCAGAAACACAGGGGAAUGGAGAAGCUUCAGGAAAGUCUACAGACUGAUUUUUCAUUCACAAAGACAACCAAGGCUGGAGCUCCAAAUUAAAGAAGGGGAUGAAUUUAGUAACCACAGUUCACCUCAUUACAAAGGAACAGCAGUGUUUUAUAAAAUUACCAGAGAGAUGAUACCAAAGAAAUGGAUGAUACAAGAAACCUUACCAUAUGAUGAAUAUCAACACCAGUCUCCACUGUGCAAAUUAGCAUUAACAUUGCCAAAGCAUGAAAAAUUGAUCCACUGUCCACGAAAAACAGAAAGAACUAAUUUUUGCCCUUCAGAGGCCCUAUGGGACAAGUUGCUGUUCUGGCUUGCACAAGAGCUUGCAGAAGAUAAUACAUCAUUGUUUGCUUUAUGUUUACCUGUUCGAUGGAGCAUGUUUCAGCUUGUUAGGCUGAAGUGCCCUGAUAAUUUAACACACCAGAUGUAUGAGCUGCUUUGCUGCUGCAAAAAGACCCUUCCAAAGUCAGCUGAUAAACAGCAGAUCUUGUCUCAGUAUUUGCAGAAGAGUGGCAGAAGUGAUCUUUCAGAAGAACUUCAUUUAAAGUGGCAAAAUAAGGUGGUCACCUGA